UCGGUUUCAUGAAACAGUUAUACAAUUUUUGAAUAGAAUAUUUUCUAAUAGAAGCUUCGCAUUAACUGUGUAAUUGAUUAUAUUUUCCUAUGUCAAGCCAAACAACUAAAAUAAACUUUUAGUCCGCCCGCUAGCCCGGAAGUAGAUCAACAGUCCCGGAUAUGGUUGCUUGCUAAAUGAGAGCUAGCGGUCAGUUGUACAUUUCAUUUGUCAGUGUUUAUCGUCUCUUAUAAGAAAAAUUAUAAAGUAUCCCUUGAAUUUAAAAGGGUCUAAAAAAUAUGGGCACCAACAUAAAAUUAAGCAAAUAUACUGAGUAACGACGAGGUCAAAGAGGUUCCCGCAAAACGAUCUAUAUCUUUUAGCGUAACAUAACGAGCUAAGUAGCUUAGCAUUGAUUAGCAUAUUUUGAAACCACAAUCAUGAGCCUCGCAGUUGGCCGCGAACCCAGAAAGACUGCGGGAAACCGUAUGUCCAAACUACUGGAUGCUGAAGAAGAGGAUGAGUUCUACAAGACCACUUACGGAGGCUUCAACGAUGAAUCGGGAGAUGAUGAGUAUCACGGAGAACAUUCAGACACAGAGGACGAGGUUGACAGUGACUUCGACAUCGAUGAGGGUGACGAGCCGGACAGUGACCAGGAGGAGGACGCACCUCGAAGGAAAAGUCGGGUUGUCACCAAAGCUUACAAGGAACCAAUAAAAGUGCCAAAACCCAAACCUAAAAGAACAGAGGAGCAGAAGAAGACGGAGAAAACUAAAGUGGAGCCAAAAAGGAGGAUUCCACAAGAAUUCCAAGAUUUUGCAGAGACUCGGAAGUCUGUCCGACAGUCCACCAGUGAACAUACACGAAAGACGAAUCUGCGCUUACAAGAACGCCAGGACGCCCCGCGAAGGCGACGAGGCGCUCAUCGUGACCGACCCCUCACCCAGGAAGAGCUGCUGGCUGAGGCGAAAAUAACAGCCGAGAUCAACAUUCGAUCACUUGAAAACUACGAACGUCUGGAGGCAGACAAGAAGAAACAAGUCCACAAGAAGCGGCGUUUUGAAGGACCAACCAUCCGUUACCAUUCAGUCCUUAUGCCCCUCGUCUCAAACCCAGUCCUUAAAGAAGAAAAUGUUGAUGUUGAGGGGUUGGACCAGGACGUUCCCCAGACUGCACCGCAGAAUCCCACCACACCUUCCCAGCAGUCUGCCGGAGGCCUGUGCUCCCGCACUUAUAUAACAUUCAGUGACGACGAAGCGUUUGAGGUCGCCUUCCCGCCAAGCUCCCAGACGAGUCCUCAAGUGCCCAUCCAGGAGGUUUGUCCUGUUACCCACAAGGCCGCGCUGUACCGAGACCCAGUCACAGAUAUACCGUACGCUAACGCACGAGCCUUCCGCAUCAUCCGGGAAGCAUACCGCAAAUACGUGGCCGCUCAUGGAUUUCCGAACACUUCAGGAGGGUCGACGGUACUUGACUCUUCAGCAGCAAAGGGCGCCCGGCAGAAAAUGGUUAUGAAACAGAGUGCGGCUGCUACAUAGAUUAGUUUUAAAAAGAGGAUAAAGGAUUGGUUUCUGUUUGAAAUUCUCAGUGAAAUGAUCGAAAACACUGUUUUUAUUUCUGUCCUUACAGCUCACGAGGAGUCUAGUGGAAAAAACUGACAUUUUGGGUUUGAGCUGUCACUGAGCUGCUAAAAGGAAAAAAAACAAACAGUAGUAGAACCAAAACAGCUGCCGCAUGGCCUUAAAAUGUAAAAAGUCUUAUUUGUGAAGUCUGUGUGGAAAUCAGCUGAAAAAGGCGUGCAUCUGCACAGUGGCAGCUGUGAUUGUUCUUUUUAUUUAGUUUGUUUGUUUUAGAUUUAUGGGUUUUUUUUACUUUUGUGUUUGCAAAUGUUCUCAUCAAAAAAAUAAAUUUUGGGAACUUGUAAUAAUUGAGAGUUAAACGAGUUCUGCUUUAUAAUAAAAAAUGGGACGUCUGCACAGCGGGAACCACAGGAAAAACUGGGAAAAUAAGCCCAUCAUCAUAAAAUCCUCUUUGUUUUCACCAGGCUAAAAUCCAUUUAAUCUGUCAUGCCCGUCUUAAUUUACAGUUUAGUAUUUGGUUUUUUUUUUGUUUUUGAGUGAUAGAAGGCAAAGAACUAAAUGUCAUGUUUUGGUUUUUAAUUUUCAGUCCAGCACCGUAACUAAAAAAAACAUCAGACUGUUUUGGAAAACCUGGGCCCUGGAGUUUAAUUAAUUGUCUGCGUCUGACAAAUCACUGAGACACUUUUAAUUGAUCAAAGCUUUAAAUCCUCCCUCCUGUUAUACAUUUUAAUUUUUAACACAGAAGCAAGCAUAAGAUAUUCUCUUUUAUGGGUGAGAGCGAGGCAGUUUCUUCCACAUUUAUCUCCUGGUUCUUUCUUAAUGUGUAGUCUGAUAGUUUAAAUUGUAUUUUAUUUCCUCUAUCUGCCUCUAUGCAGACAGGGCUGUCUCAUCGAGCAUUCAGAGUAUAUUCUAGUUCAUCGUGAGGCUUUUAUAAAAAAAAAUUUUUCUCCUCUCUGAAUUGUUAAUGGCAGAAAAUUGCUUGAGCUUCAGUCUCGAACAAUACUGCUUUGCUGAUCCCUUUGGGACCUUAAAUUAGCUUUUCUAUAUUUAUUCUCUGUGUGUAAUCACAGAGAGACAGAGUAAGCCCUUAACACAGCUGAGUGCUUGACUAGUGUGAAACCUUUGACCCCUUCUACACCGAACUACUCCCCUGCACAAUGUCCCAUAGUCCCAGCACUCUUAAACCCCCCAAAUACAAUUAAUUAAGUUUCAAGGCCUCAGAUAAUCAAAGGUUUCACAUUUAUUUUAUUAGAAACAGCAAUUUGUUUUGUUUUUUAGCUGUAUCACAGGAGAUUUACAUUCAGCCUUCACCUGGGAGCAGAAUCGAUGACUGGUGAAGCCGUCUCUGAUCUCGUUUGGAGUUUCAGGUUCAGGCAGAUGCUUUGCCUUUGCAGGAAAACUUGUUUGUUUCAAGCAGAUUCUUACCUGUGUUUCCAGUAAAUUCCCUGAUGAUGUUGAGCACAGCAUCUCUGAACAGUCUGUGUUCUGGUGCGUAAGUAACCAGGCUUCUUUGUUUUCAGCUCAUCUCAACUCUGCACAGCAGAUAUUACUGCAUAUUUGAUUUGGCGUAGAUUUUACACCAAAUGCCCUUCACAAAGCUACACAUCCAUUUAUCUGGGCUUGAAGCUGGCACUAGGAAUACACUAGCGUCCUACCCCUUAGACUUGGUUUGUCUACUCCCAGUCUCAAGCUGUGGGUCAUUUGUGUGUAAGUUUGAAAACCACUGACAACAAAACUCAUUCAUUUGCUUCUGUACUGACGCAUUAGAGUAACCUGUGAACCUAUGAGGUACUGAUAGUUCAGAAUGUGUAAAUCUUUAAUCGCCUGAUGACAUUCAUUAUAAAAAUGUUUCAAAAUUUUAAUAAUCUAAAAGCAGAACCUUAGUUAUCUAGAUAACGUGACAGAGCCAAAUUCUACCACUGUAAGUAUUAAAUGCUGUGUUCUAAUAUUACACACUCUAACAACACUUUAUUUGGUACACAUUGCCAGUGCUGGUUUGACCCCCACCACCAUCCUGCCCCCCCCUUUGCUUUAAUUCUUUUUGGCAUAGAUUCAACAAGAUGCUGGAAACAUUCCUCAGAGAUUUUG